AUGACAAGGGAGCAAGGCGUAUUUAAAGUGAAGCUUCUGACACAGGAUGCAACAUGCCCGAAAAUAGCGACAAGAUCAAGUGCUGGAUACGACUUGUACGCGCAGUGCGGAGGAGUCAUUCCGCCUGGAAAAAGGCAGAGGGUUGAUCUGGGCGUGUCCGUUGAGAUUCCGGAGGGGUACUAUGGGCAAGUCCAGUCUCGGUCCGGGGUUUCAUUUAAGCACGGGAUAAUGACGAUGGCAGGCGUGAUUGACGCUGACUACAGAGGCGAGCUUUCCGUUCUUCUUUACAACAGCAGCGACCUUCCUUUCACGUACGAAAAGGGCGACAGAAUUGCGCAAAUUGUUCUAAUUCGGGUCUUUACAGACGCUCCGUGCAUUGUCAGCGAAAUAAGCUGCACUGCACGGUCGCAGGGCGGAUUCGGCUCCACCGGAAAGUAG